AUGGAGGAAUGCACAAACAGUACAGAAAAUGUGUUCUACAUUUCAGCAUUUUCUAUCUCUGAAACUGGAAAAUGUCUCCUUUUCACUGCAGUUCUAUUGAUGUAUCUGAUGACUGUCCUUGGAAACAUGACCAUUGCUCUAUUGGUGUGUUGGGUUCCCCAGCUCCAUACUCCAAUGUAUUUCUUCUUGAGUAAUCUUGCUAUUAGUGAUGUUAUAUAUGUUUCAGUCACUCUUCCAAAACUUCUCUCCAUACUCCUAACACAUGACCACCGGAUGUCUUUCUCUGCCUGUAUGGCUCAGGUGUACUUCUUCUCAUUGUCAGGUGUUUGUGAUUUGCUUCUACUGGCCUCCAUGUCCUAUGACCGAUAUGUAGCAAUCUGUAAGCCCUUACAAUACUCCUUACUCAUGAGUAAAGAUGUAUGCAUUUCAUUGGCUUUGUCCCCUUGGCUUAUAUCUGUGACUAAUUCAACAAUCAAUGUGUUAUCCACAUCUCUGUUAUCCUUCUGCCACACACAAAAGGUUGACCAUUUCUUUUGUGAUCAGAAAACACUGAAUUCAAUAACCUCUAGUGACGCUACAAGUAGAAACAUACUUAUGUUAUGCGAGGACGUACUGUUGGCAUCUUUUCCUUUUCUGCUUAUUAUGACCUCCUACAUGUUCAUCAUCUCCACCAUACUGAAAAUUCAUUCCUCAGAGGGACGACUGAAAGCUUAUUCCAGUUGCACCUCCCACCUCACUACGGUAAUAUUAUUCUAUGGUCCAAUCGUUAUAUUGUACGGCAAACCAGAAUCUGAAGGUUCUAAGGAAAUGGACAUACUGCUAACCUUGCUUUAUACAGCGGUGGUUCCAAUGCUCAACCCGUUUGUCUACACUUUGAGGAACAAAGAUAUUUUAAAUGCUAUAAAGUAUCUAAAAAGGAAAUGGAAUAUGAUUAAUGAAUAAUUAUUUGCCAGAUACUGUAAGUAAUCUACUGUAUUAGAGCCAUGUGCACAAAGGGACAGAACAUUUUAACAUGGAUUUGGCACGGUGUUAAAAAUCCCUCAUCAGCAGUGCCGGAUCAUCAAAU